UCACCUGUCUAACAACUUCCGAGGACUAUUUCUUAUCGUUACCUCGUGAGCUACUGAUGAUAAGAUUUAGUACCGUUUAAUUAAACACAGGUCUUCAACGUUUGACACAAAUAUAUCGCAUUGUUACAUGAUAAUUACGGGAAACGAACGCAUCUGAACCAACAUAAGUGUAGACACAUAUCAGUCUCUCGUGGAAUUAUGUGGCUGCCAUUAAUAUUAACGGUAGCUUUAAUUACCACUUGUGCUAGCCGUGACCUCAGAGUCCGCCAAACACAAUCAGGGAGCACAAGCAGUGGAAGUACUUCCGGAAGUGGCUCUAGUUCCGCUUCAAGUCAGCCCAGUGGGGGAUCUAGUUCCGGUUCUGGCCAGCAGCUUUCACAAAAUAUGCAGCCGCCAUCAUUUUUACUCAACCCUUCACAAUUUAUGAGUGGCUCAAGUGCAUCCUCUCCAUCAAAUCCCGGUGCGGGUAGUGGAGGAUCUAGUGGUUCGUCGAGUAGCGGAUCCAGCAGUGGAAGUUCAUCUUCACCUUCCUCUAGCAGUGGGAGCUCAUCUUCUCCAUCCUCUAGCAGUGGAAGCUCAACUUCAUCUUCCUCUGGGAGUGGUAGCUCAACUAUCCCAAAGUUUGAUCCUAACAAAGUCAACCAAAUUCAAGCAAGCUUUUUAGAUCCGUCCAAACUACAGCUUGGACCAUCUGGCGGUGGUGGAGGUGGAUUUGAUCCCGACCAGUUUAAUAGCAUGUCAUUUAAUUUCUUUAAUCCCGGUGCACUUUUAAGUGGCGGUGGAAAUCAAGGACCAUCCGGAAGGCGGAGAAGACAAGCGGCAAGUUCUGGGGGUAGCAGCAGUAGCAGUGGAGGAGGUGGAGGUAGCAGUCCACCAAAGUAUGAUCCAAACAGUGUCAACAAACUCACAUCAAACAUGCUAGACCCAUCCUCUUCUAAACUUGGAGCCAGUAACGGUGCCGCUGGUGGAUUUGAUCCAGAUCAGUUUAAUACAAUGCAGUUCAACUUUUUCAACCCCAACCAGAUGUCUGGUGGUGGCGGCGGCGGUGGUGGUGGUAGCAGUGGAAGCAGCGGGAGUGCACCAAAGUUUGAUCCAAACAGUGUCAACAAAAUCCAGGCCAAUAUGCUGGACCCGUCUACUUCUAAGCUUGGAGCCAGUGGUGGAGCAGCUGGCGGAUUUGAUCCCGACCAGUUUAACACUAUGUCCUUCAAUUUCUUCAAUCCUCAAGCACAAGUUGGAAAGAGAAGCCUCUUAAAACGUCAGAGCUCUCCAUCUGGCCCGAGCAGUAGUGGUGGAAGCAGCGGAAGUAGCAGUGGUGGAAGCAGUCCACCAAAGUAUGAUCCAAACAGUGUCAACAAACUCACAUCAAACAUGCUAGACCCAUCCUCUUCUAAACUUGGAGCCAGUAACGGUGCCGCUGGUGGAUUUGAUCCAGAUCAGUUUAAUACAAUGCAGUUCAACUUUUUCAACCCCACCCAGAUGUCCGGUGGUGGAGGCGGCGGUGGUGGUGGUAGCAGUGGAAGCAGCGGGAGUGCACCAAAGUUUGAUCCAAACAGUGUCAACAAAAUCCAGGCCAAUAUGCUGGACCCGUCUACUUCUAAGCUUGGAGCCAGUGGUGGAGCAGCUGGCGGAUUUGAUCCCGACCAGUUUAACACUAUGUCCUUCAAUUUCUUCAAUCCUCAAGCACAAGUUGGAAAAAGAAGUCUCUUAAAACGUCAGAGCUCUCCAUCUGGCCCGAGCAGUAGUGGUGGAAGCAGCAGUGGUGGAAGCAGUCCACCAAAGUAUGAUCCAAACAGUGUCAACAAACUCACAUCAAACAUGUUAGACCCAUCCUCUUCUAAACUUGGAGCCAGUAACGGCGCGGCUGGUGGAUUUGAUCCAGAUCAGUUUAAUACCAUGCAGUUCAACUUUUUCAACCCGAACCAAAUGUCUGGUGGCGGUGGUGGUGGUAGUGGCAGUGGUGGAAGCAGCGGGAGUGCACCAAAGUUUGAUCCAAACAGUGUCAACAAAAUCCAGGCCAAUAUGUUGGACCCGUCUACUUCUAAGCUUGGAGCCAGUGGUGGAGCAGCUGGCGGAUUUGAUCCUGACCAGUUUAACACUAUGUCCUUCAAUUUCUUCAAUCCUCAGGCACAAGUUGGAAAGAGAAAUCUUCGAAGACGUCAGACCUCACAAACAUCAACUGGUUCCAGUGGGUCAACAUCUGGAUCAUCAACCAGCGGCGGUUCAAGCAGUAGUUCAUCUUCCGGUGGCGCUUCUCAGAUGAUGAGCCCAAGCAUGUUUAUCAACCCCAGCAAUUUUUUAAUGGGAGGAAACUCUGGAAGCAGUAGUGGAGGAAGUUCCCCUUCGUCAACUUCUUCCUCCUCCCCUUCCACCUCCUCCUCUUCUGGUGGAAGUGCACAACAACCUUCCUUUGAUCCAAACAAAGUUAAUCAAAUUCAGUCCAGUUUUCUGGAUCCUUCAAAGGCACAGCUCGGUUCGGGUGGCUCAGCGUCAGGAGGAUUUGACCCUGAUGCAGUCAAUACUCUGUCAUUUAACUUUUUCAAUCCUAAAAAUCUUCUUGGACGUUAAGAAUA